AUGUUUGAAAUUCGUUUAUUACCUUUUUUACUUGUCUUCACUUGGGCAAUAAUUGUAGAAAGACCUAUUACAUAAAUAUCAUGGUGUGGAGCUUCUAUUAUAUAUACUAGAGAAGAUGAAACCAUACCUUAAUUUUAAGGUUUGGAAGAAGAAAAGACAAUAUUUUUUAUUACAGAAGCUCACCAUGUAUAUUAAAGUAAUGGAACUGUUUGGAAUUAAAUUGAGGGUUUAUUUGAAGAUAUUUAGAUUUCUCCUGCAGAUUCACGUGUCAUAUUUUUAUUUGGUCAAAAUGGUUAGAAAAGCUAUAGAACAAAUGAUUGUGGUGAAAAUUUUGAAGAAAUUGAUACUGAUGGAUUUUAUGGAUUUAGAUUAAAUAAAAUGAGUUGGAAAUGGAUGCUAGCAUUUAAAAAAUAAUAAUGUGAUAAUUUUGAUAUGGAUUGUAAAGAACCAUAUAAUAAUUAAUUGUUUUAUUCUGAAGAUGGAGCAAAGACUUGGUUACCAUCAUUUAAGAAUUGUAGAGAAGCAGCAUGGGAUAAAAUCAUAGAAGACAUUACAGUUCCAGAUGAAAGAUCUAUUGUAUUAUUUUCAUAUGAAAAUCAAACAUAAUUGAUCUACUCUGAUGAUUUUGCUAAUUAUCAUACUUUAAUGAUUGGUGCUUAAGGUUACUAUUAAACUUCUAAAUAUCUUUUUGUUUUAACCUCUUCAAGUAAUGGAGGAUAUGAAUUACAUUAUGGACAUUCUAAAUUAGAAGAAUUUUAAGAGAAAUUAGUAGAGUUGCCAUUAUAAAUUUUAAAAGAGUAUUCUUAUACUGUCUUAGAUACUGAAAAUGGUAGAAUAUACUUAUCUGUUUCCCAUUAUUAAUAAGAAUAAUCAAUAACUAAUGUUUAUAUUAGUAAUUAAAUAGGAUAAGAUUUUUAAAUUGUAUUAACAAAUAAUGUUAGAUCAACUUAAGAUGGAAAUUGUGAUUUUGAAAAACUUUUAGGUUUAACUUCAACUUAUGUUGCUAAUACAUAUGAUUAAAGAGAUUAAGAAGAUAAAUCAACAGUAAUAAGUUUUAAUGGAGGAAAGAAAUGGGAAUCAAUUAAGGCUCCUAAAUAUGAUUCAGAAGGGAACAUUAUUGAAUGUGGAGGAGAAUGUUCUUUGCAUUUUGUUGGAAGAACUGAAUCAUAUAGAUAAACUAUUUAUACAGUAGAUUAAGCACCAGGAAUUGUUUUAGGUGUUGGAAAUGUUGGAUUAUUUAUAACAUAAGAAUAAAAUACAUAUAUGUCAGCAGAUGGUGGAUAGAAUUGGAUUGAAGUAAGAAAAGGAUCUCAUGUCUUUGAAAUAUCAGAUUUUGGAGGAGUUAUUGUUAUGGCAAAAGAUUAUGAACCCACUAAUGAAAUUAUUUAUUCUAUUGAUUAUGGGAAGACAUGGAAAACAAAAAUCAUUUAUGAUGAUUUAUUCAUGGCAUAAAAUUUAGUUACUGAAGCAUCUGGAACAGUUAGAUAUUUUCUUAUCUAUGGUAAAACAGAUAAAGGGGAAGGCAUAAUUUUAAAAUUAGAUUUUAGUGAUAUAUUUUCAAGAGAAUGUAAAUCAAAUUUAGAUUAUGAUAUUUGGAAUUCUAAAUGUAUUGAUGGAUCUUAAACGAAAUACUAUAGGAAAAAAGAAAAUUCAGAAUGUUUUAAUCCAAAAUAGAUGAUAACCAAAAAAAUAAUAGAACCUUGUCCUUGUAAAAGAGAAGAUUGGAUAUGUGCCUAAGGCUAUACUAGUUAAUUAGAAGGUGGAGAUUGUUUACCUAUUGUAAAUAUUUCUGAUUAUUGUGAACCAGGAAAAACAUUUUUCAAAACAUAAGGAUACAUAAAAUUAACAUAAUGUGUAGGAGGGUAAAUUAUUAUAUAAUUAAAAAAGUUUAGAUUUAGGACCUAUUGAAACUUAAUGUCCAAUAUCUUUUAAUUGGAAUGACAUCCUUUUAUAUUUAAUAAUAAUUGCAUUUUUGGUUUUUGUGAUUUUAAUAGGUUAUGUAAUAUUAAAAAGAGUAUUGACAUCUGGUUAAAAAGAUUAAAAUAUAAAUAUCAAUAAAUAUAAUUAAAUGGAGUUUUAGGAAGAGGAUGAUGAUGAAGAUUAAUAAUUAUGA